AUGAGCCUGGACUCCCUGUUCCAGCAAAUUCUCCUCACAGAGCAGCAAGCGGAGGAGAAGCGGCGCCUCAUGCACCAAGUUAAAUUAGACAUAAACAGAACUCAUGAAAAAAUUAAGCAAAUAACAGAAGAGCUGAAUGAAGCAAAAAUAAAAUUAGAAACUAAGGUUCAACAGCUGUCUGAAAAGCUCUUCUACUUACAGCUUUUGAAGAACCGUGAAGACAUCUUAGAGAAAAAGAAAGUUGAACUUAUGAAUCAAAGGAGUAUUUUUCUCAAAAUCUUUUCAGAUACAAAGAGGAAAAUGAUUGAAGAAGAGGAGAAUUUUAUUAAGGAAAUCACAGAUUUUAACAAUGAGUACGGACUAACAUGUAACAGAGAGCUUUUGAUUAGAAAAAAAGCCAAGACUGAAAUACGUGACUUAGAAACUAAGGCAAAUAUUUUGAAAAAUGAAAUGGAGUCAAUGGAACGUGAAAAUGCUCAGUUAAAUGCACUCCAGCUGCAGAAGAAUGAAUUAAAGCAGGAUUUAUUUACUCUCCAGAGCAAACUCAAAGAUACUGAAGAACAAUUACGUGAAGCUGAAGACAUUACAAAAUGUUUAGAAGCAGAAAAAGUCAAAGUUAGUGAAAAGCCUCAGACUGACAUUGAAUGUUUAAGGAUUAAAAAAGAACUGGACAUUUACAAAGAUGAUGACUUGGAAAAUGUUUGUGAAGCUCUUCAAACAGAAAUUGAAUUUCUGCAGAUGAAAUUAUCGCAAAAGUCUUCAGGCAAAUAA